GGUUAUAAACUAAAAAAGAGGAUCCAGUGCAGCUCCAGUUUGGUUAUCCCUGACUGGUUGGUAUUCCCUCCGUACAUUUACUCCCUUCACCCUGCCAGUUGUCUUUGUUAAUAAAUCACUCACUAAUCUGUCCAGGCACCUUAUAAGAAGCAAGGGCAGUUAAACAGCGAGCACAGAAGACACACUCCUCUCAACUGAGAAGCAUCAUCUCAAGAUGAAAGUGCUCAGCGUUGUCCUUGUUUUGGUGCUAUGUGUGUGCAGAGGAGCUUUAGGUGUGCAGGUUAAGGUUGGAGACAAGAGCUUCCCCUUGGAGGCAGUGAAGGAGAUGAAGGAGCUGUUGGAUUUAGAUGACAACAUUAGCCCUCACCUUGCUGAGACGAGCAUUGUAGCCAUCUGCGAAAACCCUCUCCUGCCUCAGAUCUUCCAGCCAGUGUGUCAGGGGAAGGGAGCAGGCAUCGUUUUCUCCAACCUAGUGUAUAUUAUCACGCCUUUGGAUCCUUGUGAAAUAUGUGCCAACCCCUCUUGCUUUGGGUGUCUGAACUGAGGAUGCCAUCUGCUAGACAUAAUCACAUGAACUACGAUCACCUAAUCCUCUAUAGUUCCACAUCUCAUGUAUAAGGGACCCAUGGACAAAACACGUCCUGUCACCCAGCAACGAAGCUCGACACAUCUCAAGGCUCAGUGGUCAACAGAGUAGAUUUAGCUGAUGAGGCAUUCAACUAUUUCAUAAGCUUUGGAAGAGACUGUUAAUAUGCACAUGGUUCUGUGUUAGUAAAGUAGAUGUUCUGUGGUGUUUGAACAUUGCUUUCAUAUCGAACUUCUAAUUUAUUGAUUCUGUUGUAUCUUUGCAUCUUCAUU